UUCCUCUCCAGUCAACGGCAGCAGAGGUUUAGGUCGCUGUCUGCCCUCUGGCCACAACUCACACGGCUAACUGAGCUAGCUGUUUGGGUUAGAGUUAAAGGUAAAGUAACUCAGGACAGGCAGCAGCCCUCCUCCAUGAUGUCCGCGUCAGUCUGCUGACGCUGACGGCUUCCUCGUCUGGGUAGCUAGCUGGUUUAGCUGGUUAGCUUGGCCAACAUGCAGCACUGGCCCGGCGUCCCCAGGAGGCGGCGCUGCUGAGAGGCGAGCUGUCGGGUGCUGAGUGUUUGGCGUCCGCCGAGCCGGCCAUGGAUGACUUCCCCACCAGGUCGUACGGCACCAGUGGCAUGGACAACAGACCUCUGUUCGGGGAGACCUCGGCACGGGAUCGGAUCAUCAACCUGGCCGUGGGGGGAUUCACGUCUCUGGUUGUUUUAGUGACGGUCAUCAGCUCUUUUGUGUUCCCCUCGUUGCCUCCGCGACCGCUAAAUGUCUUCUUCGCCGUGUGCAUCCUGUUAGCAUGUGGAUCCACUAUAAUGCUGAUAUUCUGGUACCGGCAGGGUGAUCUGGAGCCUAAAUUCAGGAAUCUGAUCUACUUCAUGCUGGCGUCCAUCGUGCUGCUGUGUCUCUGUGCCAACCUCUACUUCCACGAUGUCAGGUAGAGACGGGGACACCACGAAGAGGAGGAGGAGGAGGAGGAAGAGGACCAAGGGACGACAUGGCCUUGAAUCAUGGAAGGACUACACGGAGAGACGGACUCCUCACGCACUUGAAGGAAGGAAUUUCCCUCCUGAACUGCAGCAAACCGAAGAUCCUCGGACCAAAACCAGUGAAUCUUAAUGGUUCCAGUGGGAUGAAAACAGACUUGCUGGUGCUGACACAUAAUGAACUGCACACACACACACACACACAAACGUCACUGUGUAGAAAUCAUGAUGUCCUGUUAGAGGCCAUAAAUCUGCCUGGAGGGUGAAACAGGUGUGUUUACAUGAACAUAAACAUCAUUAUUACCAUUGUAGGAAAAACUAAUAAUAAGAAGCCAGGGGAGGAGUAAUAUUCAGAGGGAAAAACUCAGAUUUUCCAAGAUUAAAGUAAUACUUUUAUAAGAAAAAAAAUCAGAUUAAAGUUGUAAAUCCACAGGAAAAAGACUAUUCCUUAUGUUGCUUUCUUCUGAAUAGGCCCAAUUCAUGGCAAUUUAUUUUUAAGUUUGAAUACUUUUCAUUAAUAAGGUGAAUUGGUGCUAAAAAAAAUUGAGUUUUGCAAAUAUAUGUUGUUUUUUUCUUGUAUAUUUGCCACUUUAAUCUCAGAGAAUAUCAGUUGUUGUUGUUAAAGUUUUUUCUCCUUCUCCUCUCUCUGUUAUUUUCUUAUUUCAUAAUUUCUAACAGGGUGGAUGUUUCCUUUAACCAGGAUGUAAAUCAUGAGCAUGUAAACACACCGACUGUAAACUGUAGCACAAAUAGCUAACGCAGCAAUAGCACAAGCAGUUUCAGGCUUCUGUGGCAAAUAUAUGCAACAGUUGGUGUGUUUUUUUUCCAAUUCAUUUUCAUCAUCAAGUCUUCUAAAUGCUGAAUCACACUGAGUUCUUGCACCAAGUAGUGGUUGACUUAGCCAUACAUGCAAACACACGUAAACUGUAGCACCAAUGAAAAUGAAUGGGAACAAUUCACACUGAAGCUGCACGUUUCUGUACAACUGACAACUGUUUUUGAGUCUCUAUAUAUAUCACAUUGAUGUGUCCGCCAUCGAAGUGUUGCACUUAAUAAUUCUGCCAUUCACAACUCUGAGCUGGGGAUUUUCCAGAAGUAGCUUAAAAAAUUGAUUUUUCUGGUUUGUUUUUACGUCAAGAAUGAUUAAGUUAAAAUAACAUAAUAUUUUUAGUUCUGUUUAGCUCGGCACAUUCUUCUUGGUUUGCAGAUUUAGAGAAACACAGACACUGUUUACAUACGUAGCUGCUGUAGUGACACUGAAGGUGCAAGAAAAACAGAAAAUAUGAAGUAAAGCAGGACAGAAAGGCAUCUUUGCUGUGAAGUUGAGUGGACUUAUUGAACUUUUCUGUUUUAAAGUCUGCAAAGUCAGGCUGCAGCAUCGUAAUCGAUUUAUCUGACAAGUGUUUUCUCGAUCAGCUGUUUGUUUGUUAGAAAAGUGUGAUUUUUUUCAGUCCAAAACCCAAAGAUAUAAACAUUUACUAUCAGAGAAGGAAAAGAAAACCAGAAAAUAUUAAUAUUUAAGAAGCUGUCUUCCUUGCUUUAAAACUGAUCAAAUCUUCUGUCAAUUUCCUGAUCGACUAAUUGAUUAAGCUCAAAAAGAAGGACAAAGAGACAGUUAUUAACACUCUGCCAAAUAUCUAUUUCAGGUGUCGGGUUUGGUCACUUCAAGCUGUUCAAAGAAAACUCACCCUUAAAGGAAGAGCUCACAUUAUUCUAUAUUUUUCUGUUUGUCAGUCCGUCUCUCAAUACGUAAAAGAAAUAUGGUAAAAAUAUAGAAAAUGAGCAGAGUUUUCCUUUAAGCUCGUCUCAUCUCUUUGGUUUUCUGUUUUGUUUCCUUGUUUUUUUUUAAACUGUAGCUUUUCUUUACGGACGUUCUGCAGUAAACUGACGACUAAGCGACAAAAAGCUUCGUUCUGAACAAACUGAGCGGGAAAACAAAACCCGUCUCUCAACUCGCCACGACUUCAGGAUUGUCAAAGCCAUGAGUUACUUUUUUAUUUUUAAAUUAAUUUCAUUUAUUUUAUGGAAUAAAUAAAUAUGUACCCAGACUGCCUCUGUGCUUUUACUUAUGUGUGACGUGAGUUAACAGCAACAGACACGAAGAAACUAGUUUAAUUCAGAGUAAAGUGGAAAUUAAAUUACUGUGGAACUCAAAUGAAAGUGCAAAUGAGCAACUUUAAUUGCUAAAUUAGAAUUUUAAUCUUAUCCAUAAACAUUUUCUUUGAAUGGAAGCCCAUUUCCAUCAUUUAUGUGGAUAAAAAAAUGGAACAUUUGUUUGGUUUUUAAGUGUUUUCCCCCUCAUAAUAAUAACUUAGAUGCUGUCAACUAACCAACUCAGACUUUAUAUUUCAUA